UAGUACGAGGAGUGGAGUCGCGCAAGUGCGUGGAACGCGGCUAGGGGAGCCCAGUCGAGUCCCGUGAGUCCGGGCAAGCAGAGAGACUUAGUACGGUGGUGUAGCGUCCGGGCCGAGCCGCCAUCCCAUCGAAAGGAGGCACGGUGCGCGGUGAAUACGUAACGUAACGUGUCAAAAGGGAGCCUCGUUAACCGGGGAGGAACUCAGUAAAACGUACAGACCUGCCGGGCACAGGCAGGAAUCGUGGCCGAAGGGCCACUCUCGUGGGCCGUGGCUCUCGGGGAGGUCCGGUGAGGCAAGCUGUCACUUCGAUCGCCAUUUUAGCGCCGCGGAGGCACGGGAAUGCGCGGCGGACCGGGCCAUAGGAGGAGGACACUGGACGCAAAGUGGAAACCGGCUAGCCAUGUUUUCGUGAGUUUCCACGUACUGAAGAAACGGUGAGGAGCAGUGAAGAGUUUAGUGGUUCACUAGAGGAACGAAGGAGGUGUCGCUGGAGUAGGCAAGGGAAUAGUAGGAAUAGGAGCACAAGACGAAAAGUGGAACCAGAAAAGGAGACGAAGAAGAAGACCAAGAAGUAGUUGUAGUAUUGUAAGGAGGAGCAAGAAGAGGAGGCAGAGUUGGUAGUACGAGCCAGUGAGAGAGAGUGUCGGUGUGUUGUGGGAGGCAGAGCAUCACUCUUCCUCUGUGUCUUUCCACCUCGAUAUCCCGGCCUUCCCUGUGACUUCGUCUUGGUCUCUCUUUCUAUCUCUCUUUCUCUUUCUUUCCUUCUAUCAUUCCUCCUCACUCACUCAUUCACUUACUCACUCUCUUUCUCUCUUGAGCGUUGUUACGAGCGUCUCCAACUCGAGAGAGUUCCGCCGAGGCAGGGCAUAACCUAGCAAGGCCCUUUCUGAACGUCCAGGAUGAUGCGCUAGUGCGCCAAUGCGGCAUGCAUCCUAUUUGUUAUCACAGGCUUGAAUCGUGCACGCCUUUUUUCCAAGGAGCGACACAACACGACUGUUCGGGAUGUCAACGGUUUGCAUGAUCCUACCUAACAGUUUUCCAACAGGAAUAUCCUGUUUAACUUGAACCACGACGCUACACUAGUUUCAUGCAUUCGAAUAGGACGAGUAACAGGAGAGAAGAGAGUGAAUAAAAGUUGCAAACGCGAAACCUAACUAAUAAUUUUGUAUCAACGUGUUGUGAUAAACGGAUCUUAUCGAUAUCGGCCAUAGUUUGAUGAUCUCAUAACAAACGAUAAACUCUAACGAAAUAUAUGAGAUACAGGAUAUAUUAAUGUUUCUAGGUACAUACCUUGCUGGCUCAGAAUUGCAUCGAGAUUUCUCAAAAUAUCAACCAGCUUUCGUCCAGUGUAAACUUGCUCAAAGGAUAAAGCAUUUAAAUACGGAAAAUCGAAGGAAUAAACAGGAUGAUUCUGCGCGUCUAAAAGGACCCUCCUAGAGAUUGUAAUAUCAGAAUCAGAGCUAUCCUUUGACUUCCUCAGCAAGCGGAACAGAGGAAGGUAACUAAGUUCUUAUUGGCCUGGUUCAAAGGUCAUUCGGUGCAUACGGUGUCUUCGAGUAACAGUGAACAGUGCCGUUCUUCCUAAGAACGAUAAGUGAAGUUCUGAACCGCGACAGUGUGUGUAACAGAUCCUGUGCGUGCCAAGUGUGUGAAUAAUUGGUGCACGUUGCUACGCACAUCCUCAGAGUGACAUCCGUACGACAUUGGGGCUGUAUGACUGAUUUUACUCCAGCAUCCACUCUUCUAAUCAGGAUCUGAUUCCCCGUGGGACUAAGACGGCGCUGCUUAGGUGGUCCCGGAGCGACGAGCGGAGGAGGCCCAACGAGAGCAACCGGCAGCGCUGGAGUGACUGGGUCUACCAGUACGUGGUGGAAGGACGAGGAAACGCCGAGAGGAUCCUGUCGCUAGGACAGGAGCUACUAGAUUAGUAGCACGAUGUCUGGAAAGUGUCCAGGAGCGGCCAGGGUGCCGUUCCGGGGUAGCCAUCUUCCGUUCCUUCUCCUUCUUCUGCUGAGGUUCUCGCGAGCCACGGCCCCGAACGUCACGGACAUAAUACACAAGUUCUAUGACCCUGACGUGGAGAAGAUGAACCACCUGGUGGUGGACAAGAAUACGGGUAGGGUCUACGUAGGUGGUGUGAACCGGCUGUACCAGCUAUCUCCCAACCUGACUCUCGACGUCAAGGUCGAAACCGGACCUCGUGGCGACUCCAACCAGUGCUCCUCCAUCGACUGCCCCUCGGAGGCCGUGAAACGCCCCGUGGACAACGUGAACAAGGCUCUGGUAAUCGACUACACCACUACCAGACUCAUCUCCUGCGGCAGCGUCUUCCAGGGCAUGUGCAACGUGCGCAAUCUCCAAAACAUCUCGGACGUCGUCCAGGAAGUCCGCGAACCCGUCGUGGCGAACAACGCCACUGCCUCUACCGUGGCGUUCAUCGCCCCGGGUCCCCCGAACCCACCCGUGUCCCAGGUGAUGUACGUGGGGGUGACCUUCACCGGGAAUUCGCCCUACAGAUCCGAGGUACCAGCGGUCAGUUCCAGAUCCCUCGAAGCAGACAGGAUGCUGAACAUCGCCCAGUCGGCCGUCACCACUGGCACCAGGAUAUACGUUAACUCCCUCUCCAGGGAGAGGUAUCCCAUCACCUACGUCUAUGGGUUCAGCAGCGAGGGAUUCAGCUACUUCCUGACGACGCAGCCUAAGAAUCCCGACAUCAUGAGCUACAUCUCCAAGCUCGUCAGGCUGUGCCACGAGGAUCCGCAUUAUUACUCCUACACGGAGAUGUCGAUAGAGUGCACCAGCGAGGACAGGGUCUACAAUCUCGUGCAGGCUGCCUACGUGGGCAAGCCCGGGUCCGUGCUCGCCAGCGACCUAGGUAUAACGGCCCAGGACGACGUGCUCUUCGCCGUCUUCUCCGAGAGCAACGGGACCAGCAGCGUACCUAAACCUCAGUCGGCGCUCUGCGUCUACUCGCUCAAGGCGAUUAGACGUAAAUUUCUUCGCAAUAUACAAAAAUGUUUUGGCGGCGAGGGACAGCGAGGACUGGACUUCAUAUCGCCGAGUAUCAAAUGCGUCCCGACGAAGCUGCAAACCCUCGGAGAGGAUUUCUGCGGAUUGGACGUGAACACGCCCUUAGGUGCCCAGGAAGCCAUCACAGCUGUUCCGGUUUUAACUUUCGACACGCUUCUGACAGCCGUCGCGGCGACAUCCACCGGUGACUUUACGGUCGUCUUCCUCGGCACGCACAAAGGCCACCUCAAGAAGGUUGUCGUCGAGAGUGGUAGCGCUGCACUGGAAUAUGGGGACUUGAACAUAGAUGCAGAUUCUCCAGUGCUACCGGAUCUACUUUUUGAUACUCAGCAGAUGUAUCUUUAUGUUCUGACGAAUCAAAGGGUGUCCAAAGUUAAGGUCCAGGAGUGCUCGGUAUACACGACUUGCUGGGACUGCUUGGGCGCCAAGGAUCCUUACUGCGGCUGGUGCUCUUUGGAGAACAAGUGUAACCUCAGGAGCGAUUGUCAAGAUGCCGCGAAGGAUCCUCUGUAUUGGAUAUCGUACAAGAGCGGACGAUGCACGACCAUAACUUCCGUAUCUCCGGAUCAACUUCAGCGAACUACUGCCAGGACUCUUGAGCUGGUGAUCGAAAACUUACCGUCGCUCACGGGCCAAUUUCUCUGUGCCUUCUCGGCCCUCGACAAGACUCUAAUCACGAAUGCUACUAGGAAAUCCUACGGAGUCAAUUGCACCACGCCGAGGACGGAUCUAUUACCAGCGAUACCAACGGGUCAACAUCAUUUCACUGCCAAAUUGUCGGUCAGGAUGACCAACGGUCCCGACUUGGUCGGUACCAACUUUACUUUCUUCGACUGCAAUACCUACAGCUCCUGCACGCAGUGCGUGUCCUCGAAUUUCCCAUGCGACUGGUGUGUCGAUGGACAUAGAUGUACUCAUGACACUGCAGAAAACUGUCGCAACGACAUACUGGUCACCGGAGUCAGCAGAAUGGGUCCUAGUUACAGAAGUGGGCCAGCUUUUUGUCCCACCCUGAAUGCUACAGACUCCCAGGAGAUCCUCGUAUCAUCUGGUCUUAAGAAGGUGAUACGGGUUAGAGUGCAUAUCAUAGGGCAAUUUAUCAUUCAAACGAGAUUCGUCUGCCAAUUCAACAUCGAGGGUCGCGUAACCAGCGUCAACGCGAGACUAUUGGCCGACACGAUUUAUUGCGACGAGACUGACUUCUCGUACACGUCGCGGGCGCCAAACAUAACUGUUCCUUUUGCUGUGAUCUGGGGCGGUUCCAAACCCUUGGACAAUCCUGAUAAUAUCCACGUGGUGAUAUAUAGAUGCCGAGAUAUGGCCGAUAAUUGCGGCAUGUGUCUUGCCCUUGACAAGAAAUACGGAUGCGGCUGGUGUCAGAGCUCAGAUCGCUGUGAAGUUAAGGAUCAGUGCGACCGAGGUGACGGUGUCUGGUUGAACAUGAAUCAGACGUGCCCCAAUCCGGAGAUACACUCCUUUGAGCCAAGGAUGGGACCUUGGGAAGGUGGUACUAAUAUGACCAUCAGAGGUAUCAAUUUAGGAAAGACAUUUAGUGACAUAUUCGAAGGUGUUACCGUAGCCGCAGCGACUUGUCAGCCUUAUGAGAAACUUUAUAUUCGUACCAAGGAAAUAGUGUGUCGCAUAGACGGUCCAGGAACACCGGAAGAAGCUAAAAGCGGACCAGUUAUAGUAAAAGUGGAGGACUUCCGUGGACAGUCGGAAUACAAUUUUAAAUUUGUAGAUCCCAAAAUUUUUUCCAUCUCGCCGAAGUUUGGUCCACUCAGUGGCGGAACUAUUAUAAGGAUUACUGGAGAAUUCAUGAAUGCCGGUAGCAGGAUCGAAGCCUUCAUAGAUAAUCUUCCGUGCUCUAUAAUCAGUGCAGAACUAAACGAAGCCCUUUGCAUGACCAGUGCCAGCGAUCGAAAAAGAAAUGGUGUUCUCAAGAUGCGCUUUGACGGUGGCAUCAGAGAAUACGACGGCUUUUUCGAGUACGUGGAUGACCCAACCAUAGAGAGUGUCGAAAGUGGUGUAGCCGGACAGAUGAAGAUCCCUAAAGGCAUCCCUGCUGGGGGUAUAAGGAUAUCCGUCACAGGGAAGAAUCUGGGCUUCAUACAGAAUCCUCAAAUGUACGUUUAUUUCGACGACAAGAUGUUCAUCUCCCAGUGUACCGUGUUUAGCCACACCAACAUGAAUUGCAAUUCGCCAACCAUCGAAGUUCCUGAAAAUGUAUUGCUUGACGCAGAGAAACCUCUCUCCCUCGAGUAUGGUUUUCGCAUGGACAACGUGACAGGAGUGCAAAAUCUUACGCAGCGCGGAUUCAAUCACUUUCUUCUGUAUCCUAAUCCAAUUUACGAGGUAUUCGACGAGGAGGUCAAGUAUUACAAGAGUGAUUACUUGACGAUCAAUGGACAGCAUCUGGACCGCGCUUGCCAAGAAUCCGACGUGGUUGUUCAAAUUGGUAAUGCAUUCUGCAACGUGACCUCUCUGUCACGACAGCAGCUCACUUGUCGACCACCGGUAUCUCAGCCACCGGCAUUAGACUCCGAAGGGCAACCCAAUAAGCAGGAAUUGCCGGAAGUGGUUGUGAUCGUGGGUGGUAGUCUGCAAUAUUCCAUUGGCAAGUUGAGCUACGCUCUACCGACUGGUUUAAAUGGACCAUUGUCCAAGCCAGCAUUGAUAGGAGUCAUUGCUGCGAUACUCAUCCUUGUUGUGGUAUUCAUUAUCUUCCUGAUUGCUUAUCGUCGUAAGUCCACCGAGAACAACAGGGUUCUCAAAAAUAUGCAGGAGCAGAUGGAUAUAUUGGAGCUGCGCGUAGCGGCCGAAUGCAAAGAGGCCUUUGCUGAACUACAAACCGAGAUGACUGAUCUCACUGGAGACUUGACCAGUGGUGGAAUUCCAUUUUUGGAUUAUCGCACCUACGCAAUGAAAAUUUUAUUCCCUAAUAUCGACAACCACGUUGUCCUUCAGUGGGAGAGACCAGAACUGACCCACAAGGAGAAAGGACUCAGACUCUUUGGACAGCUUAUCAUGAAUAAAACUUUCUUGCUUCUCUUUGUAAGGACUCUGGAAAGCAAUCGUUACUUCUCGAUGAGGGAUCGUGUCAAUGUGGCUAGCUUUAUUAUGGUCACUUUACAAAGCAAGAUGGAGUAUUGUACUGAUAUAUUGAAGACUCUCUUGGCGGAACUUAUUGAGAAGUGUAUGGAAGGCAAGAGUCAUCCCAAGCUACUGUUAAGACGAACUGAGAGCGUUGCUGAGAAGAUGCUAUCCGCCUGGUUCACUUUCCUUUUGUACAAAUUUCUGCGAGAGUGCGCUGGCGAACCAUUAUACAUGUUAUUCCGUGCCAUGAAGCAGCAGGUUGACAAGGGACCUGUGGAUGCCAUUACCUCAGAGGCGAGAUAUUCAUUGUCAGAAGAAAAACUGAUCAGACAGUCGAUAGAGUUCAAACCAAUGACCGUUUACGUGUCUAUCUCGCAACAAACCGUCUUCGUGGGCGGAAUGGAUCCUAACACGGAGAACGUAGGGGUCAAGGUGCUCGACUGUGAUACGAUCUCUCAAGUAAAGGAAAAGGCACUCGACACCAUCUACAGAUCGACCCCAUAUAGCCAAAGACCUAGGAAGGAUGACCUCGAUCUAGAAUGGCGUACCGGCGCCUCAGGAAGAUUGAUCCUCUACGAUGAGGACUCCACAACAAAGCCCGAGAGCGAAUGGAAGAAGCGAAACACACUGAAUCACUACAGAGUGCCGGACGGGGCCUCUCUAAAUCUCGUCUCGAAGCAAUCCUCCAUCUACAACCUCUCAAUCCUAUCUGAGAAAACGGACAAGUCUCACAAGUACGAAACGUUGAAUUUAAGCAAGUUUAGCUCAGCCAGUCCGCCAUUGUCGCGUGCAACUUCGCCCUUGAAUCACGACCACGACGGCGGCCUCAAGUCUUGGCACUUGGUAAAACACCAUGAUACGGACGCUCAGAAGGAGGGUGAACGUGGUAACAAGAUGGUCUCCGAAAUUUACCUGACGAGGUUACUGGCGACCAAGGGUACACUACAGAAGUUUGUCGACGACCUCUUCGAGACGAUCUUCAGCACAGCCCAUCGGGGCUCCGCACUGCCUCUAGCCAUUAAGUAUAUGUUUGACUUCUUGGAUGACCAGGCUCUGCAUCAUGGCAUAUCUGACCCCGAAGUGGUCCACACAUGGAAGAGCAAUUCGCUCCCCUUGAGGUUUUGGGUGAACCUUAUCAAGAACCCGAACUUCGUCUUCGAUAUACACAAGUCCAACAUCGUGGACUCGUGUCUCUCUGUCGUGGCGCAAACAUUUAUGGAUAGCUGUUCCACGUCGGAUCAUAGAUUAGGUAAGGACUCGCCGAGUUCAAAACUCCUCUAUGCAAAAGACAUUCCAGCGUACAAAGAGUGGGUAGAACGUUACUACUCGGAUAUCAAGAUCAUGCCAGCCAUUUCCGAUCAGGACAUGAAUGCCAUGCUCGCCGAAGAGUCUAGGUUGCACACAACGGAGUUCAAUACGAAUUGCGCGUUGUACGAACUAUACACGUAUGCAGUGAAGUAUAACGAACAGCUAACGGUGACCCUCGAGGAAGACGAGUUCUCGCAAAAACAGAGGCUCGCGUACAAGCUCGAGCAAGUGCACAAUAUAAUGGCGGCGGACGCCAAUGCCUGAUGUCCUGCGAACUCUAUAAAGCUUCCCAUGAAACCCCCGCGUCAUGAGUUGCCCUGCUGAGUCCCAAUAAUAGGUUUUAAAGGCAAGUUCACCUAACGGACUGAUAUUCCGUGUAAUCGAGGCUUCUCCUGGUCCUCGGGUGAGCCAGUUUGACGAAAGGAGAUAAAAGACGACUGAGAAGGAAUAGAAGUGGAGAGAAAGAGAGAGGGGAACGGUGAUGGAGAGAAUCGAAAGGACUGGAAAGGACGAAGAAAAUAAGGAAAAAGCAAAUGGAGUUACGGGCGAAGCGUAAUAACUAAAUAAGUAAAUAAAUGUUAAAGUACGUUCGACGAAGUCUUCUCGACGGCCGCUGGCUGGCAGGUGUGACGGGAAAUCAUCGCACUACGUAAUGUACAUAAAAAAAAAAUACGAAAAUCAUGAUAUUAUAAUAGUAUAUUAUUAUAUAUACUCGCACCCCAGCGGCCCCCGAUCAACCAGCAGCGUUCCGCGCAUUUUCGUUACGGAUCCAGUGAUGACAUGAUUUUAAAUUAACGAAAGAAAUAAGAAAAAAAAAAAAGACACGAAUACAUGGCAGGCAAACGAUUAAAACACUAAUUGAACAUAAUUAAAUGACUAAUGACUAUUGUAAAUGUGUAAACGAUGGACGACGCGACGAACCGAUCCGGAGGAUCCGUACUAAAGCGUACUAGUCGCGAUUUUCCUCCGAUCGACGAUUUUAACGAAGAAACAUUUCCAUCCACUGCUAACUAGCUGAAACAUUUUUCGGACUAUGAACUGAGUUUUAAGAAUUAAUAAUAAUUAACGAUAACGAUAAUUAAUUGAUAUGAAUAUAAUUAUAUAUACACAUGGAUGGUACGGCAUAUGUAUAUGUGUACAUAUAUAACUACGCGCGCGCACACGCAUGUAUCCGUAUCUAUGUCUGCAUAUGUCUAUGUUGAGAUUCGCGCAAAGUAUGUAUGUAUUCGAAGACAGCGCUCUAAUAUACACAUAUACCUACGUGGAUACGCGUACUAUAUAUAUAUAUACAUAUAAAUGAAUUAAAAAAAAAAGAAUUACCACAUCCGCGCAAUGGAACAGACUGUGUAUUAGCUAGUAGGUAUUAAUCUAUGGACUAAUGGCCGCGCGCGUGAGGCCAGCUCGAUGUGACGGUUGUGUUGAGUGUGCGUGCUUCCCUUCCUUCUUGAUCCAGCUCCAGUAAUCAUUGUCAUAAUUAUCAUCAUCAUCACUGUCAUCGUUUCCAUUAAAAUCAACGUACGAAAAAUUCAUCUCCCAUCGUUCACCUUCCGUACAUGUUGUCGAGGGGGCUGUACGAGCGCGAUAUUUAUUAUCCAAAAUCCAACGACGUCGCCUUGACAUCGUGGAGCGCUGCACGUUUUCGCUCAUUAGCUCCUUCCUCAUUUUCCCUCAUCGUGAUAUCGUAUCAUAACUCCAUGUUUAUCCCGAUCCGCCCCGCAGCUUCCCAAAAAGCACGAAAAUUCAUGUCCCCCCUCUCUUAUAUGCUUCAACGCCUCCGUCGUCAUGUUGUUGUCACUCUUAAUUAUUGUAAUAUAUAAAAUAAUGAUCACUGUUGAGUAUUGUCUGAUUGUAAUACAUUGAUAUUGAAUUGA